CUCUCUCGUUCGAGAUCAUCAGCACUUUCUGUGGCGUAGCGUUCGUUUGAGGAUUUAUUUUCGACUGGAACUGACGGUUUUCUUUGGACAGAUGAAUCUUUGAGACAGAAGGUUUCCAGGAUGCAACUUCCCAGGUGGUUGCCAGGGGCCUGUCUGUGGUUGCUAUGCGUCUCAGAGGUCUGGACAGCAACAUUUAAGCUGGCUCUGAUUGGCCCGUGGUCAUGUGACCCCAUGUUCUCCCGGGCGAUGCCGUCGGCGGCGGCCAACCUGGCGUUGUCACGGUUACGUAGCGACAUGGGUAUGAGCCGAGGAUACUGGUAUGACGUCAAACUGCUGGACGAGAGCUGCUCCGCCUCCAAAGCGCUGACGGACCUCGGGAACAUGGAGGAUUACGGCCACGCCUACAUCGGGCCCUUUAACCCCGCCCUCUGCCACGCUGCCUCCCUAUUCGCUCAGCACUGGGAGGCGGGCCUUGCCUCGCCAGGCUGUCUGGAUGCUGAUUGGCCGAACCUGCCGCCCAUCACGCCGCCCAGCAGGGUUCUGUUCACCGUGCUGCGGUUCUUCCGCUGGGCGCACGUCGCCGUGGUCUCCGCUCCAUCCGACCUAUGGGAGAGCACCGGACAGGAAGUGGCCUCGGCGCUCCGAGCUCUGGGCCUGCCGAUUGGUCCGGUGGUUACCAUGGAGACAGAGAGCAAAGGCGGACCUCGGGAGGCGCUCAAAACUAUCAGAGAAGCCGACAAGGUCAAAGUGGUGAUAAUGUGCAUGAGCUCCAUCCUGAUUGGUGGACAGGAUCAGGAAGAGCUCCUAUUGGCUGCUCUGGACAUGGGGAUGGUUUCCGACGGUUACAUCUUUAUUCCGUAUGACGCCCUGCUGUACGCCAUGCCGUACCAGAACACAGUAUUUCCUCAGCUGAGCAAUAACACGAAGCUUCGUCGUGCCUACAGCGCCGUGCUGACUGUUACCAUGGCGUCGGACCAGAGUUUCUACGAAGCUUUUCGCCAGGCUCAAAUAAGCCGAGAGAUUCGCUCUGCUGUGGCUGCUAGUGAGGUAAAUACACAACUGCUACUACACAACUACUACUACACAACAC